GGCGGCUGGCGGCGGGAGCGGCGGCGGCCCCGGGCGGGCUGGGGCGCCGCUGGCCGAGCGCACAGGCCGCGGCCCGCGGAGCCCGCCAUGCCGGUGCGGGUCUGAGGCGCGGCGAGCCAGGGCCGAGGCGAGCGGCGGCCGCGCCGGCCUGUGGCCCCGCAGCGGCCCGGCACGGGCCCGAUGAGCGGCGGCCUCGGCCUCCGGCGCAGCCCGGAAAUGUCCGGCAAGAUCGAGAAAGCAGACUCUCAGCGUUCUCAUCUCUCCUCCUUCACCAUGAAGCUGAUGGACAAAUUCCACUCACCCAAAAUCAAGAGAACGCCAUCAAAGAAGGGAAAACCAGCUGAGGUGUCUGUGAAGAUUCCAGAGAAGCCUGUGAACAAAGAGGCAACAGACAGAUUUCUACCAGAGGGCUACCCUAUCCCCUUGGAUCUGGAGCAGCAGGCAGUAGAAUUUAUGUCCACCAGUGCUGUGGCUUCCAGGUCUCAAAGGCAGAAGAACCUGAGCUGGCUGGAAGAGAAAGAGAAGGAGGUUGUCAGUGCCUUGCGCUACUUUAAGACCAUUGUGGACAAAAUGGCUAUUGAUAAGAAGGUACUGGAGAUGCUUCCAGGGUCUGCCAGCAAGGUGCUGGAGGCCAUCUUACCCCUGGUGCAGAGCGACCCUCGAAUUCAGCACAGCUCAGCCCUCUCCUCCUGCUAUAGCCGAGUGUACCAAAGUCUCGCCAACCUCAUUCGUUGGUCUGACCAAGUGAUGCUAGAAGGUGUGAACUCAGAAGAUAAAGAGAUGGUGACAACUGUGAAGGGGGUCAUCAAAGCCGUGCUGGACGGAGUGAAGGAGCUUGUCAGACUUACCAUCGAGAAGCAGGGGCAUCCAUCUCCAACAAGCCCAGUGAAACCCAGUUCCCCAGCCUGCAAACCCGACGGCCAGUCUGAGCUCCCCUUGACAGAUCGAGAGAUGGAGAUUCUAAACAAGACGACCGGCCUGUCGCAGUCGGCCGAGGGGCUCCCAGAUUCCACGGAUGAAGAGGUCGCGCCCCCCAAACCCCCCUUACCUGGCAUUCGUGUGGUUGAUAAUAGUCCUCCACCAGCAUUGCCACCGAAGAAGAGACAGUCGGCUCCAUCCCCUACCCGAGUGGCCGUCGUGGCCCCCAUGAGUCGAGCCACCAGUGGCUCCAGUUUGCCUGUUGGAAUUAAUAGGCAGGAUUUUGACGUGGACUGUUACGCACAGAGACGACUGUCGGGCGGCAGCCACUCGUAUGGCGGCGAGUCGCCCCGCCUGUCCCCCUGCAGCAGCAUAGGCAAGCUCAGCAAGUCGGACGAGCAGCUGUCGUCUCUGGACAGGGACAGCGGGCGGUGCUCCCGGAACACAAGCUGUGAGACUCUAGAUCAUUACGACCCUGACUAUGAAUUCCUCCAGCAAGACCUCUCUAACGCAGACCAGAUACCUCAGCAAGUGGCCUGUAACCUCAGCCCGUUGCCAGAGUCCUUGGGGGAGUCUGGGUCUCCGUUUCUCGGCCAUCCUUUCCAGUUGCCUCUGGGCAGCUGUCCCCAGCCAGAGGGGCCCUCGGCCCCAGGGCAGCAGAUGGACGUGCCGCCUGCUCUUCCCGAGAAGAAGCGCAGGAGCGCGGCCUCCCAGAUGGCGGACAGCUCUGGCUGCAGGGCGUCCUACGAGCGGCACCCCUCGCAGUACGACAACAUCUCCGAGGAGGACCUGCAGAACCCGGCCUCGGUCCAGUCCAUCCCCUUCACGCCCUUUGCUGCUAUUCUUCCCUUUCAGCAAGGAGGUUCCUCAGCCUCUGUUGAAUUUGUGGGUGAUUUCACUGUUCCUGAAUCAACAGGUGACCCAGAAAAACCUCCUCCUCUACCAGAGAAGAAAAACAAACACAUGCUGGCCUACAUGCAGCUGCUCGAGGACUACUCGGAGCCACAGCCCUCCGUGUUCUACCGGACGCCGCAGAAGGAGCACAUCUACCAGCAGAAGAACAGGCUCCUCAUGGAGGUGUAUGGCUUCAGCGACUCUUUCAGCGCCGGGGAUGCCCCGCAGGAGCUCGCCCCGCCCCCCGCCCUGCCCCCCAAGCAGCGGCAGCUGCAGGCCUCCUAUGCUGCUGCUUCCUUCUCCUCUGUCUCCUACUGUGUCCAGCAAACUAAAGUGGCCUUCACUCCCGAGGACGGCAGUGCCGCUCAGGGCAUCAGUGUGUCCGUCUCUAACUCCUUUCUCAGCCGGCACGGCAACUUACCUGUGCCCUCGUAUAAAUCUGUGUUUAGGUCGUACUCCCAGGAUUUCGUGCCUCACAGCCAAGCUUCCAUCCAGCCUUUCCUCCCGUCUACCUCCUCUUCCUCUCCACAUUUCCCACCUGUCCACCAGUCUCAGAGCUCUGAUUUAGCGGUGCCAACCGUAGCCAGUCCGCCUCCCAGCGCCUUGGACGGGCCUCUUUCAUCUUCUCAGGAGAGCAGCUUUCAUGGGAACACUGUCUGCCUUCCUUCCGAAACCUCUUUCACUGACUCGCCCCAGACGCCUUCGGAAUCACCAACUUCGAAGGACGGACAUCCCAGAGAUGCCUCGUCGGCCGGCAGUGCACCUGGGAAGGAAAGCAGGGACGGCGGGGACAGGGCCCCAAAGUCACCAGAUGCUCCAGAGGCUCAGUCGGAGGAGGAAGUAGACGAGCUGUCCCUCAUUGACCACAAUGAAAUUAUGGCAAGGCUGACGCUCAAGCAAGAGGGCGACGACGGACCAGACGUCCGGGGAGGAUCUGGUGACAUCCUACUGGUCCACGCUACUGAGACGGACAGGAAAGAUCUCGUGUUGUACUGCGAGGCCUUCUUGACCACCUACAGGACCUUCAUCGCCCCUGAGGAGCUCAUCAAGAAGCUGCGGUACAGGUACGAGAAGUUCUCUCCUUUUGCCGACACAUUCAAGAAGCGCGUCAGCAAGAACACGUUCUUCGUGCUGGUACGGGUGGUGGACGAGCUCUGGAUGCAGACAACCAUCCCAAGACCUUCUCUGGCUCUCUUCCCACGAGAGGUUUCCCAGCUCUGCUGCCUAGUGGAGUUGACGGAAGAGAUCUUGAAGCUGCUGAUGGAGCUGGUCUUUCGCCUGGUGUGCAACGGGGAGCUCAGUCUGGCCCGUGUGCUCCGGAAGAACAUCCUGGACAAGGUGGACCAGAAGAAGCUGCUCAGGUGUGCCAACUCCGACCAGCCCCUGGCGGCCAGGGGCGUAGCAGCCAGGCCCGGGACCUUGCAUGACUUUCACAGCCAUGAGAUAGCUGAGCAGCUGACACUGCUGGAUGCCGAGCUCUUUUAUAAGAUAGAGAUUCCUGAGGUUUUGCUUUGGGCAAAAGAGCAGAACGAGGAGAAGAGCCCCAACUUGACCCAGUUCACGGAGCACUUCAACAACAUGUCCUACUGGGUUCGGUCAAUCAUCAUGUUACAGGAAAAGGCCCAAGACAGGGAACGGCUGCUCUUGAAGUUCAUCAAGAUCAUGAAGCACUUACGGAAGCUGAACAACUUCAACUCCUACCUGGCCAUCCUCUCAGCGCUGGACUCGGCCCCUAUCCGCAGGCUGGAGUGGCAGAAGCAGACCUCAGAGGGCCUGGCGGAGUACUGCACGCUGAUUGACAGCUCAUCCUCCUUCCGCGCCUACCGGGCCGCCCUCUCGGAGGUGGAGCCGCCGUGCAUCCCAUACCUGGGGCUCAUCCUGCAGGACCUCACCUUCGUUCACCUAGGAAACCCAGACUAUAUUGACGGGAAGGUGAAUUUUUCCAAACGGUGGCAACAGUUCAAUAUCCUGGACAGCAUGCGGUGCUUCCAGCAGGCGCAUUAUGACAUCCGGAGAAACGAUGACAUCAUAAACUUCUUCAACGACUUCAGUGACCACCUGGCGGAGGAGGCGCUAUGGGAACUCUCUCUGAAAAUCAAACCCAGGAACAUAACACGGAGGAAAACAGACCGGGAAGAGAAGACCUAGGAAGACCUAGGAGCAGGUGCCGCAAGCGAGGAGAACUCGAGAGGCUCAGAGCGCCGCUCCGAGGCCGGAAGGGACUUUGGACCUGUUACGUGGCGGUGGCACGUGUCCUGGCCUCAGAGCCACCAGGCCCAUCCAGGCCGCUGCUGUGCCGGGCAGGCGUCCGGAGCCGCAGCAGCUUCCUGCCCCUCCUCCGCAGGAGCAGACCCCCGGCCCGGGGGAGCCAGCGGGCGGUCUCACUGCUGAUUUGUGAACUGGGGGUUUGGGUUUCUGCUUUUGCUCCGUCUCUUCCGCUCUCCCUCUCUUCCCCUCCCCCCAAGCCUGGGAGCAGCGCAGGGACUUCAGCAGCAGCCCAGGAAUGGUGGGAGUCUUCUGAAUCUCCUGAAAUGACAGAUGAGUAGAGGCCCAAGGACCCUCGGGGCGGGGUCUGCUCUCCCCGUAACCUUCAGUUGGGUGGGCAGAAAGUAGAGGAGACCCGGGAAAGACUCCUUUCACUUUCCAUGUCCUACUUUUUAAGUGGAGGAUGGUGUAAGCGUCUCACCUGGCCCAGAAGGGACGGCAGGUGGCCUUUCAGCAGCCCUGGGGCUGGUGCUCCCGUCGUGGUCCUGGCCCGCCCUUGCUGGGUCACGAGCAGCAGCCGUGGCCAUCGUGUUUUCGCCCCUUCACUUCCUCCGCCCCGUCCCACCGGCCCUCCCCAUCCUCUGGCACCGUGGGAGCUGGGAAGCAGCAGCUGGAAAGGAAGGACUUGACCAUCCAAGAAACACACUUUAUCUGAGUUGGGGCCAGUAGCUCUUGGUGAGCUAACCCAGAGAGAGGGGAGGGGCAUUUCUGUUGGGGGGAGGGCCGGCAGCCCCCUCCUCUGUUGCUUGCCGUGUGCCUUAAACUCCAUCUCCUAUCCGUCCCGCCCUGCGGGCUCCCCUCCUCCCUGGCGCUGAGCCUGGUGGGCCCAAAGGGGCCCCUCUUUGCUCAUCAGACCUUCUGCCAGCCUGACCGGCUCUCCCGUGGGAAGGACAGGGUGUCCCUGAGAGGCAGGGGCCUGGCGCAGAGGCGCCCCCUGGGGUUGACGGCCAUGGCUCACCUGCUGGCCGGCAGCGAGGCGCAGCGUCUUCAGAAGCAGGUGCUCUUUCCAGCCUCGCUCUCCAGAGCCAGCCCCACUGCUGAGGUGGACGAGCUGAGGGGAGGUCUGCAGGGGCUCUCCACGCCCCCUGGCCUCCGUGCCAGCCCGACGUGGGCCUGCGGGCAGGCUGCCAUCAGAAUGCGACGGCUGCCCCCAGGCCGCCCGCCUCCUGUUUUGUUCGUUUUACAUAAUUGAGAGCUCACUGCUCCUGGGUUUGGGACUUGGGCAGGCGAACACCAGGCUCAGCCCGGGCUUAGCCCAGUUUAAACAGAACAAAAGUAGAAAGCAACAUCUGUUAAAGAAACAGCCACGUCACUUUGAGUCCUUCAUGGGUCUUUGAACAGCUUUUAUCAAGAAGCUGUUUGUCCUGUGCACAGAGGGGAGGAAUCUGUGAAAUGUCAGUUACGACCCCUCAGGCAGCGAUCCUGCGGGCGGCAGCGGGCGGAACGCGUCACUUUAUUAUUUAAAGAGUGUGUGUAUAGAGUCGCUGUUUAUGAACAAUAUUGUGUGUGGGGUUGGGUUUUAGUUUGUUCCCGCUUUUUUAAGUCCUCUCAUUUCAGUCUUUCCCUCCUUCCCAUCUUCCUCCUGGCCUGGCCCUGCUCUGCUGCUGCUUUGUGCAGCCACUGUGCUCAGGGCCCAUGGGCUGUGUGGACUGCGGUUCCCUGGGGCCUCCCUCCAUAGGCGGGCAACUGUCGACGCCGCGCUUCCGCUUCAGGCUCAGCGUCCCAGCCGCGAGCUGGACGGGGCUCGGGGGCUUCACCGUCCCUCCAUUCAGAACAGACCCUGCACCCACACCUCCCCUCCCUGCCGGGAGCCCUGGCUCUGAGCCGAGGCACUGGGCAGGCAGCGCAGGUGGACAAGGGGCCGGCGUGGCCAGGUGACCCUGCAUGAGGACAGCAGGUGCAAUGUGUGUUUUAACUUAUUGGCUGACAGGCUUCCCUACCUUGACCUCAUGGAGACACAUUCUGGCUCUGGGAGUUGCCAGCCUGGCUGUGGUUUGUCUGUCUCAGGGGCCAGAUCAGCUGUACGAAUGAGUCUUUACAACAAAGACACCCUCGGGAGGAUUCGUUCUCUGCAGAGGCAGUUCUCACCUGCAGGUGUGGGUGGAUCAGGGCAAGGGCAGGCACGCACCAGGGCUGACUUUAAAGCCCGAUUCUGAGCAGCGCCUCCCUCCCACGGCCCCGCGCCUCCCCAGUGUUACAUUGUAAUAUAUCCCCAACUAACCUGGCUGAUGGUGGCAUCUUCCUGCAGACAUUUCAAACCUGUAACUUUUAUAUGAAAGGAAAAUAAACACAGAUGAAAGCCGCGGCCACCUGUGUACCACAUGCCACGUGUGUCAAAGUGA